CAGCCUUACAACAUGUUUGUCGAAGAGCAAGCGCUGUAUGGUAAAAUAGAUCAAUGGGCCUAUUAAAGAAAGCCCAAUAAGUCUCCGAAUAGUAAAGUAUGUGUGGACUGGAUUCUCCACCACCUUAAGAAAAAGCAAAAGUGGGACGGAGAUAAUAACAUAAAUUCGCAAAAAAAUUAAAAAUAUAAAUCGAAGUUGCUAUGUGGACCGUGAAACCGGCGGCGAUGCCGGUUCAAUUUCUCAGGGGACGAACGGGAGCAGCAACCAUCGUCGGCUCUUCACAGCCUCCGCCGCGUAAUUACGAAAGAAGUUACCGUCGAUUCGUUAACUUCCCUACGAAAUCGCAAACCUCCGAAUCCGAAACCGUCGGCGGACUAGGCCAAAAAAUCCUCCUCCGCACCGGCGAUUCGGAACCUGAUAAACCGAUUCCGAAGGAGAUAAGUGGAUCAGACGUGCUCUGGGCGAUUCAGAGAGCGACGGCUCAGAGGAAGAGAACGAACGCCGGAAAAAAGAAGAUGAUAAGAGGUGUGGAGCUAUCAUCCUCUGCGGGCGAGUCCACCGGAGAUAACGGCGAUGAUUACAGUAACGUGAGGCCGUUAAGGAUCAAUAGUGAUUGGGGACACAAAUUAGUCGAAUUCGAGAAGCUUCUCAAAGAGUUUCAAAACACUGAACUUUGACUUUUGACCUUUUUUAUACAAAAAUUAUUAAGUGUAUAUUUUCCAAUUUAUAUCAUUGUGUUAUUAACGAUUUGAUUAUACGAGAUGUUAAAAUUAUACGAAGUA